AUGACCCAUUUACAAGCUGGACUUAGUCCAGAGACUAUAGAGAAAGCCCGCCUGGAACUGAAUGAAAACCCGGACAUUUUGCAUCAGGAUAUCCAGCAGGUCAGGGACAUGAUCAUCACGAGACCUGACAUUGGGUUUUUACGUACAGAUGAUGCCUUCAUCCUGAGAUUUCUCCGAGCCAGAAAGUUUCACCAAACUGAGGCCUUCAGACUGUUGGCUCAGUACUUCCAGUACCGCCAAUUAAAUCUGGAUAUGUUCAAGAACUUCAAAGCUGAUGAUCCAGGAAUCAAACGGGCUCUGACAGAUGGGUUCCCGGGAGUGCUGGAAAAUCGUGACCACUGUGGCAGGAAGAUUCUUCUGCUUUUUGCAGCCAACUGGGAUCAGAGUAGGAACUCCUUCAUCGAUAUCCUUCGGGCUAUCCUACUAUCAUUGGAAGUUCUCAUCGAAGAUCAGGAGCUUCAGAUAAAUGGCUUUAUUCUAAUUAUAGAUUGGAGCAACUUCUCCUUCAAGCAAGCCUCCAAGCUUACACCAUCUAUCCUCAAACUGGCCAUUGAAGGGUUACAG